UAGCGUCUUUUCACACUAUUUUUUUAUUGCCCGCCAUCCACCAUUUUGUAGCGAGCUCGUGAGAGGUUAUCGUUGUGCGUCGUAGUAAAGUGAAGUUAUUAAUUUUAAUACAAAUAAUUACAUUUUAAUAUAAAUAAUAAGUGAUAAUGGUGCCGCAAACCAAAGUAUUCGUCGGCAGUCUACCACAGGGCUCCAAGCCUGAGGAUUUAAGAAAGCUAUUCGAGCGCUUCGGUGCCGUCACAGAAUGCGAUAUCAUGAACCGGUGCGGGUUCGUGCACAUGCAAACAGAGGACCAGGCAUCCGCCGCAAUUCGGGGGUUGAAUAACACCACGUUCAACGGAGCUGUGAUAUCGGUCGAACGCGGUCGCAUCAAGGAGCGCGGCCAGCGAGGUGGCGGGCGCGGCGGCGGAAUGCGCGGCGGCAUGAGAGGUGGCAUGGACCGGCGCGGCGGCGGCGGCCCCAUGCGAGGCGGCGGCGGCGGCGGCCGGGACGCGCCCUACAUGCGCGACUCGAGACCCAUGGGCCACAUGCGCGGCGGAGACAUGCGGGGGCCACACAUGGGAGGCAUGGGCAUGGGCGGCGGAGCGCGCAACGGCAUGGGCGGUGGCUACGAGCGCGGGCCCGAGCGGGCGCCGGCCGCGUACGACGACCGCUACAACGGCUACGGCGGCGAAGACCGGCGCGGGUUCGCGCUGUCGCGGGACCCCUAUGCGGCGCCAGCGCCCAUGUACGCGGACGAGCGGCGCGGGUACUCGGCGCCGGUGGACGACAUGGGCGGCAUGUACGGCGAGGAGCGCCGCGCGCCGCUGUACCCGGACGAGCGGGAGCUGAUGGAGCGCCGCGCGCCCUACCGCGCCGCUGUGCCCAUGGCCGCGGGCUACGACCGCAGCGCGCCCACACAGCGGGCAGCGGGGAUGGGCAAUGGAGAUAUGUUCAGCAGAAGAUCACCAAUGGACAGGGGAGGUGCGGCAGUGUCCGGCUACGAUAGAGAUCCCUACGGACAGCAAUAUGCACCAAUGGGACGCGGCGGCGGCGGAGCGGCGCGCGGUAGGGAGCACAGCGGCGGCAUGGGCCCGCGCCGCUACUAGACUAGCGUAGGAUGAUAGCGCCGCGCGAACAAACUGUACCGUACUCUGCGGAACUCUCGGCUCGUAGCGUUGCGUUCGUGGGACGUGGGACGGUGCAGGCUAGCGUAGGGCCGGCCACACGCCGCAACUCCAUCAUUAAUGAUCAUGUUAAUACACUAAUUAAUUUAAUAAAUGAAGAUUUUAACGCGGGGCUUUUAUUCCGUCUCCGUGCGAUGGUUCGCCUUCCGCGGAGCCCGCCCACGAUUUAUCGGCGAAUAUUGUAAGGAAUUAUUUUAAGUUGUAUAUUUAAUUAUAGAUUAAAAACCCUUUAAUGAAAUGUA